GAUGCUAGUCAACCGCCCCUUAAUUCUUAAUUCUCCCCUUGAACCCUCCCUUCCUCCACAGUCGUCGUACGCAUCUCUUUCGUAACGCAGUCUGUUGGUCCCAAGGCAUCGCGUGUUUUGCCGCAUACCCGUCAAAGAAGAAGCUUAUUUCUUGCAUCUCGGUGUCUCCAAAUCCCACAUCACGGCAACAAUGCACGCCUCCUCACUCAAGACGUUCCUGGCCCUGGGCCUCGCCUCGGUCGCCUGUGCUCAGCACACCAAGCAGGAUGACGAGAUGGGCCCCGCCGCCUUCAUGUGGCCGGCCGACAGAGUCUGGAGCGGAGACAUGGAUAACCAGGCUCCGUGCGGUUCAAAGUCCGGUGCUGCCAACAGGACCGAGUUCCCCUUAGUUGGCGGAAAGGUCGCUCUCGUUGCUCAGGAUGAUUACUACAACAGCAAGAUCUCCAUCUCUUACCAGAACGACCCAACCUCCAACAGUGACUUCACAACCCUCAUCGAGGAACAAUCCGUCUCGGACCUGAACCCAGGCCACACAUGCGUCGACGUCCCCAACCCGCCCUCCUCUGUCGCAGCAGGCUCCAACGCCACCCUCCAAAUCAUCUACCGCGCCGACUGGGACGCUCCCCACAACCAGACCUUUUACGCCUGCGCAGACAUCACCUACGUCGAGGCCGCCACCUUCAACACCCGCAUCCCCUGCUUCAACGCCACCGAGCCGGGCGAGGACGACAUCGCCGCCACGGCGUCGCCUUCCGCCUCGUCGACCAACGCUGCCUCCAACUCUGGCUCUAGCAGCGGAAGCUCGGGAAGCAAGAAGUUGUCUGGGGGUGCGAUUGCCGGUAUCGUUAUUGGUGCUGUUGCUGGUCUUGGACUGUUGAUUGGUGCGGCGCUGUUCUUUUACCGCAAGAGUCAGCAGAAGAAGCGGAACUCGAGACUUGCCCGUAUGGAGGAGAAUGCGAAGCGCUCUGAGCAUUACAAUGCCGGCAAGGAUUCUACUUCGCAGAAUAGCAUUAAGAUGAACAACCUUCCUUGAGGUAGCAGGUAGAUGGAACUCGGCAUUGACGAGAAAGAAUGUUGGUGGUCAGGACGAAUUUUUGGCUUUUGGGGAAAAGGGGUAGCUGGGGAGAGAGGAUGAAUGGUACGUUGAAAUGAGGAAUGGGGGAUCUGAUGACGGACGAGGUGAGUUGGGUUAGUGGAUGUGAUGGGCUGGAGAGGUUAUGUGUUAUGUGCGAUGAGAUGAUAUCCAGUUCUUAGUUUAGCAAUGAUUUAUGUUUACGUUGUCUUCCUACCUUGUGAAUGGACCGCGAGCAUGACGAUACUGAGUGC